AUGAGAUUUUUGCAGUUUCUGCACAGAGCCAGGCAAGAGUUUGAGAAGAAGUGGAACAACAAAAUCGAGACAGAUGUUCAGUGGUCUGACUUUGAUGUGAAGCGUACGUUAGGCACUGGCUCCUUUGGUCGAGUGAUGUUAGCCAGAUACAAACCAACCAAGAGCAAAAAGUUCUACGCAAUCAAAGUACUCGACAAAAAACAGAUCAUCAAGCAGAAACAAGUUCCCCAUUUACUGAACGAGAAGAAAAUUCUAGAAUGUGUCCAAUUCCCAUUUCUCGUCAGACAAUCAUUCGCGUUUAAGGACAACAGCUAUUGUUACAUUGGUCUGGAGUUUGUGGCAGGAGGCGAAAUGUUUCACCAUUUGCAGGAAGCCAAGAAAUUCGACGAACCACAGACACGCUUCUACGCGUCUCAAGUUCUGUUGGCGUUCGAAUACAUGCACUACAUGGAUCUAAUCUACCGAGACUUGAAGCCAGAAAACCUCUUGAUUGACCACAAGGGCUAUGUAAAGGUCACCGACUUCGGAUUCUGCAAACGGGUGACCGGGAGGGCGUGGACCAUGUGUGGAACCCCUGCCUAUCUGGCGCCAGAAAUUAUUCUCAGCAAGGGCUACUCCAAGGCGGUAGACUGGUGGUCCUACGGGGUGCUGUGCUACGAGAUGGCAGCCGGUCACCCUCCCUUCAUGGCCAAGAAACACAUGGACAUGUAUGAGAAAAUAGUGCAGGGAGAUUACCAGUGUCCGGACCACUUCUCGAAGGAGUUGCGUGACCUGGUCACUAAUCUGCUGCAGGUGGAUGUCACCAGGAGGUUUGGCGCCCUCAGGCGGGGAGUGCAGGACAUCAAAAACCACAUGUUCUUCGCCCCAGUAGACUACAUCGCCACAUAUCAGAAAAAGCUGAAGGCUCCAUUAGUACCGGAAGUGAAGGGCGAAGGAGAUGACGGAAACUUUGAGAAGUAUGACGAAGACCCACUGCCAAUGGACAAGAAGUGCUUAUACGAAGAGGAGUUCAAAGACUUCUGAUCCAAAUCCCAGCCGGAGACAUCAAUUAUUGUCAACCCUUAAUUGCACUUAAUAAAUUACUAAUCGACUCUU